UGUAUUAAGAUGCAAUGAAGUCUGGUUCGUACUUCAUAGUGAAACUUUAUGUAUGUUGUCACAUUGUGACGUAUUGGGGAACCAAACGACAAAUAUGAGAUACGUUAUCAUCAUAAGAUACGAGGAUUGCCAGCGACAGAGUAAGAGAGAGAGUGCGAAUUAUUCUCGAAGGCCACUAUAUUUGGAAUAAAGUCUUUUUCUUUUUUCAUGAAAAUAAACAAUUAAUGCUAUUGCUCCUUAAUUAAUUUGAAACUUCAAAGAUUCAAUCACAAAGAUGAAAUUAUCCGUGCGUAUUCGCGGAGACUGGUUCGCCGUGCCAUGUAAGGCGACGGACAAGAUCGCUUGGUUUGGCGAGGAGGCGCUCCGUCGCUACUACCGGAAGAAGAAUCUGGAAGGCACUGACCGGAGGGAGAAAGUUUUUGAGGUGCGCAAGGCUAAGGGCGGUGCUAUUCUGGAUCCCUCUGAUAGCAUUCGAGACAUUCUAGAUGACAAUGACUUUGUUACCGUUGUUUUGGAGAGCGACAUGUCGAGCCCUCUCACGGGGCCGGCGGAACCCGUAUACCUGGAGGAGAAAAUAUCGACGUCUAGCGUGGAUAAGGCUACGGAGUACAUGUCGCUGGACGGCAAUAGUCUGUCCUUAGACGAUCUGGUUCGCCUGGGGAAAGGACACUAUCUCAUUAAGUUGACGCCCGAGUCUGAGAUGGCUGUUUCCAAGGCCCGUGCCUUGCUGGAGGACAUCGUCAACCAAAACAAAGUCGUCUAUGGUAUUACAACCGGUUUUGGUAAAUUCGCAAGGACCGUCAUUGGCAAAGAAAAACUUGUAGAGUUGCAGGAAAAUCUCAUCCGUUCUCAUGCGGCGGGUGUGGGAAACCCUCUGUCGCCCGAGCGGACACGGAUGCUACUGGCACUCCGAAUCAACGUGCUGGCCAAGGGCUACAGCGGUAUAUCACCGGAAAACCUCAAAAAGUACAUUGCAGCAUUUAACGCCUCGUGCCUGCCUUGGGUUCCGGAAAAGGGGACGGUAGGUGCAAGCGGAGACCUGGCGCCCCUGUCCCACCUUGCCCUGGGGAUGAUGGGGGAGGGCAAGAUGUGGAGCCCCAACAGUGGAUGGGCGGACGCCAAAUACGUUUUAGAGUCCAACAACCUGGAACCGAUCAAGCUCGGACCUAAAGAGGGCCUGGCUCUGAUCAACGGUACACAGUUGAUCACAUCUCUCGGUGCUGAAGCGGUUGAGCGGUCGGAUGCGGUGUGUCGACAAGCGGAUGUGAUUGCAGCCCUGUCGCUGGAAGUUCUUAAGGGAACAACCAGGGCCUUCGACAGCAACAUACACCGAGUGAGGCCCCAUCCGGGCCAAAUCAGUGUUGCCAGACGCAUAAGGUCCCUACUGCAUUCUGAAACCUACCCGUCCGAGAUCGCAGAGAGCCAUCGGUUCUGUGACAGAGUACAGGAUGCGUACACACUGCGUUGUUUGCCUCAAGUACAUGGAAUAGUGAAAGACACCGUGGAUUUCGUACGCGGAGUGCUAACUACAGAACUCAACAGCGCCACCGAUAACCCCAUGGUGUUUGCAGAACAACAGGAAAUCAUAUCUGGGGGCAAUUUCCACGGAGAAUAUCCUGCUAAAGUUCUGGACUAUCUUGCCAUUGGCGUGCACGAGUUGGCGAACAUCAGCGAGCGCCGCAUUGAGAGGCUUGUUAACCCAGCGUACAGCGAGUUGCCGGCGUUCCUCACCCAAGAAGGCGGGCUCAACUCGGGCUUUAUGAUCGCUCACUGCACUGCUGCCGCCCUUGUGUCGGAGAACAAGGUGCUUUGUCAUCCGGCGUCCGUGGACUCUCUGACGACGAGCGCCGGAACUGAGGACCACGUGUCCAUGGGAGGUUUCGCCGCCCGGAAGGCUGUCACCGUCGUGGAGCACGUUGAACAGGUGUUGGCUAUCGAGUUGCUGUGCGCAUGUCAGGCCAUUGAGUUCCUGAGGCCGCUCAAGUCCACGGCGCCUCUGGAGGCCGUGUAUAAACUAGUCAGGACAGUAGCCGGACCGUGGAUCAAGGACCGGUACAUGGCCCCGGACAUUGACGCCGUCACCAAACUUAUUCAGGACGAAAAGGUGUGGCACACGGUUAAGCCGUUGAUUGAGAACUACCACGCCACCCAGGUCAUCGAGACACGAGUGCUCUCCCCUACCACCGCAAUGAGGACGGAGGGACCCGCACCCAAGCGCCGCCGUGUCGCAUCGGAACGCAAGGGGAAAUAAGGAUAUAUAUUUUUAUGUUAAUGGACUAAAGUGCUGUCUUCAUUUCGUUGAGAACUUGUUGACUAGAGUGUGGUUAUUGGUUGUUGCAUGUAAAUAAGUUAAAAACACAAAUCCCUCUUUCCGUUCCAUAUAAACGUUUGAUGGUACUGUCAGUGAUUCAUUUUUAAAUCUGCUUGGGCAAGAAUUUAGGAUACACAAGUUAAAAAUCCGUUGUUGUUUUUGUUGUUUUAUGUUCACACAUAUAAAACUGUGGGCCACGAGAAAGCAAAUGAGGGCCCCGGGCAUAGUUUUGUGAAUACAAAUUUACUUCAUAAAUAUACAUCCUGUGUAUGCACGUGUAAAAACUAUGGGUAAUUGAGAGAGGAGCUCGGUACGUGCAGCAAAAUGAAUCACCGCCGGUAUUAUGUUGCUUAUGUUAUUCUUUGAAACUU